AUGACUGAAUCGAUUGCGCUAGAAGAAAGGCCGGUUGUCCACCAAACUGCAACAUCAGAAGAACCAACACCCGCCAACCAAAAUGAAGCAUCCGUCACAGGCAUCAAAUUCAUCCUCCUCACCCUCUCCAUCAUCUUCACCAUCUUCCUCUCAGCGCUCGACUCAACCAUAAUAUCCACCGCCAUCCCCUCCAUAACCGCCGAAUUCGGCAAUCUCAAUGAUGUAGUUUGGUACUCGAGCGCAUACUCACUCACAAACACUGCUUUUCUGUCCUCAUGGGGAAAAGCAUACAAGUAUUUCCCCCUCAAAACCAGUUUCUUACUUGCCGGUGUAGUAUUUGAGAUUGGGAAUGUAAUAUGUGCUACUGCCACCAGUUCGACGGCUAUCGUGGUGGGAAGAGCGAUUAGUGGUAUGGGUGGUGCCGGAAUUAUGAGUGGUGCGUUUAUUAUUAUCGCCGUUACGGCAAAGCCGCAGUAUAGAGCGGCGUAUAUGGGCAUUGUGGGUGUUACAUUUGGAUGUUCGGGGGUUGUUGGGCCAUUGCUGGGGGGCGUUUUGACGGAUAAGGCUUCGUGGAGAUGGUGUUUUUGGAUAAGUCUCCCCAUCUGGGCAACAGGUGCAACAGGAAUACUGUUCAGCUUGCGCACCACCACUGCCAAUAGUGAGUUUACUUCGGCCAGUAUCCGCGAGAAACUCUUCCAGAUGGAUUUCACCGGUAGUCUCCUCGCAGCCGGGUCAAUGAUCUGCUUCGUCACAGCCAUGCACUGGGGCGGCGCAACCAAACCCUGGUUAAGCGUAGCUGUUACCGGCUCCCUCGUCGCCAGCGCUAUCCUAGCAGGCCUCUUCAUCGUCAACGAGCGACUAAUGGGCAAGCGCGCAAUGGUGCAGGCCCGCUUACUCCGAAACUACACCUUCGUCGCAAACCUCAUCUACGUCUUCUUCCUUGCUGGGCUCUACUUCCCACUCCUAUACUCCCUCCCCAUUCAGUUUCAGUCCAUCGACAACGUCUCUGCAUCUCAAAGUGGUGUGCGGCUUAUCCCCCUAAUCCUGGGGAUAUCCAUCUUCACCAUGAUCUCAAACGCGCUGUUGUCCAUGUACCGCGUUAAACACCUUCCACUGACCAUGCUUGGUGCCGUCGUAAGCACAAUUGGCGUCGGAUUAAUCUAUAGCAUCGACGACGCAACUGCUUCCACUAAAAAAUGGUUCGGCUACGAAAUUGUAACUGCCAUCGGCGUCGGCCUAGCGCUACAAUUACCCAUGAUCGCAAACCAAGCCUUGGUGGUAACCGACGACAUCCCCGAAGCCACGGCUUUGACUCUAUUCUUUGAGAAUAUGGGUACGACGCUGUUUAAUGCUGCUACUGAAGCGGCGUUCACGAGUAGUGUUGUAUCGAGUCUCAAGGGUGUUGAUUCUGCGGCUGUUAUUGCGGCUGGAGCGAGUCAGUUGCGCAAGUUAUUUUCGGGGCAGGAGUUGCAGGAAGUGUUGAGUUCGUAUUUGGAUGGCUGUAGAGUUAGCCAUAUCUUGUCACUGAGUUGCGGAGGUGUUGCGACGGUUGUGUCCUUGGUUAUGGCCGCGCCUGUGGUUAGGGAUUAUUUCUUAAGGAGGAAGUCGCGUGCUUUAUAG